AUGGACGAACACUCGCAAUCCGAUUAUUCUACCAACGAUAGCGCCUUGAGUCUUCCCAAAAAAUGGCUUACCUUGUACGAAGACUUUGUCACCAAAAAUGCUGGCGCCGUAUCGCAGAUUGAAUCCUCGCUUCGGUCCCUGACCUACAUCGUGCCUGCCAGAUUUAAGGAUGCAGAAAUCGCCUCGGAGUCCAUCCAUAGUGGAAUCCAAUUGCUAUCACUUUACCACGAUUCGCUACUUUCUAGAGCCAUGAAAGCCCUUCCAGCCUCGAUCCAAAGGCCGCCUCAGACCCCUCACGCUCGCUACACAAGAUUCUGGACUCAAAAGAGCUCGGCAUACAAAAAUAUUGCUUUGAUGGUUACCAUGAUUCAAUAUACUGAACUACUAUGGGAAAUGGCGGCGAGGAGAAAAGGUCAGAGGAUCAGAUGGAGGGUAGUUGUUAUUCUGGAGGCUAUCAAAGCCGUCUGUCGACUACUGUUACUACACCUUACCAAGUCAAGGCCGAUAGUCAGCCCCCCGCUUCCGGAACGCGAGGUUGACCCGGCUCAGUUAGAAGAUGCCGAUUCCAUCAGCAGCCCACCGCCGGAACCCGAAUCUUGGACAAUGCCGAGAACCGGACAAAGACUACCAUCGAUUCCAGCCACUGAUAUCCCGAAUUUCCUUCUUACUAAGGUCCUAACAGCAGAGGAUAUCAAACCUCCAGCCCAACUAUUGCAUAAGUUGAAGGGAACCGGGAUGAUAGCCGAGAUCCUCUGGGUUGUCAGACCCGUGCUCUACGCUAUGGCAAUGCAGAAGUGGCGACACGAUAAAAAGAGUUGGAGACCAUGGUUGAUUGGAUUCGGUCUUGAGUAUGCCGCUCGCCAGCUGGCGAAGAGGGAUAUGUCCGAGACAAUCCCCGGUGGGCUCAGGGGGCUCACCGGCCUUGAGAAGGAAGAGCUCAAGCGACGAGCCAUGUCAAUGGGAUGGUGGGCCCUUCGUGGUGCUGCCUAUGAGAAUAUCACUAGGGCAUGGUUCACAUACGUCUCCGAAAAGCUCAAAGAUAAGCCACUCAUCGGUCUUCUGGGUGGUCUUAUUCAAGAUUACCAAUACCUUUGGGACAACUAUUAUUUCUCGAGUAUGUGA